CCACGCCCCCAUGACCUGCGGCCGUCGCUUAGUGGCUAAACCACGCCCUUUCCGUUUGGCCACGCCCCCGCACGCUGCCGGUCUGAUUCGGAAGCCACGCCCAUCGCCGUUAACCACGCCCUUUGGUUCUAUAAGCCACGCCCCCUUUCUGUCCUGGCCCCGCCCCGUCCCGCGCUGCUCUUUGCCCGCACCGCGCCCGGUGCCGCUCCCGAAGCCACCGAACGGACCCGGUUCCGGCCCCCGGACUCACGGGCCCGCUGCCACACCCGGACCGCACCGCGGACCCAUGGACGGCGGUCUGCAGCCCGGAUCCCCGCAGCCGGUACCGGAGCCGCGCUCCGGACUCGCGGAACCAGACCCGAACGCGGGCGCCGACCCGGCGCCCGGACCCGCGGACGCGGAGCCCGAUCUGAAUCGCGGUCCCGAGGACGCGGACCCGGAUCGGCGUCCCGACGCCGCGGAACCGGUUGCGGACCCGGCGCCCGCCCCGUGCCGUUGGUUCCUGGAGGGCCGCUGCCGUUUCGGGCCGCGCUGCCGCCACCCGCACCCGGGGCGGAGUCCGACCGCCGGCACGGAACCGGCAGCGACGCGGGAGGAACCGGCAGCGGCGGGGAAGAAGCCGCCGCUGCGCCGCGCCGCCGCCGUCCUCAGCCGCCUGCGCUGGGACCCUCGAGCGGAGCCCGCGGCCGCCACCGUGGAGUACCGCGACCGCUUCGUGGGCGUCGUGGAGCGGCCGCUGCUGGAGUUCUUCACGGGGCCGCUGUGCGACGCGGGGCCCGCGGACCUGGCGGUGCCCGAACACCGCAUCGUGCGCAUCCGCUACCGCGGGCGCUGCGUGUGGGACCGGGAGAAGCGCAUCGAUCGCGUGUUCGUCGGGGGGGGGAUGGGGACCAUGCGGGAGGUGCUGGAGGAGCUGGGGGAGGGCUGGGGGGAGUGA